CAUUGUAGUCAAUUUCAAUGUGAAUGUGAAUUUGAUAAACAAUUGUUGGUUUCUUUGCAAUUAAGCCAACUUCUUCUCUCUCAAAUACACGUUUUGAGCAUCUGAAAACGCAUGAUCCUCGAUCAACUGAAAAGGAUCCGAUUCUUCGUUUUGGAUUACGCUCUCUUCUCGAGUAGCUAAUGCGAACAUCUGACAGAAAUCAACACCGCAAACUGUUCCGCAUAUGGAUAAAACAGGUCCGUCUACUCAAUUCCAUCACGCUUUCAUUCUGGCUUAGACGACAAAAACAACCCACUUCUUUGGAUUGGAAAUAGGAAUGAGUUGGUUCUUCGAUUUUUAAUAUACCCCUUUUCUUUUAAUUUUAAUUUUAAUUUUGAUUCGCCCCUCUUUGAUUUUGGUGAAGAAUUCUGUCGUGUUCUUGAUUUUAUCUGCCAAUUACUCACUUCACAGAUCGUGAAAUUAUGAACCCAUUUUCCCCGCUUCCUCAGUUCUUCAGAUAGAUAGAGAGAAAGAGAAAGAGCCUGUUGAUUGGUUUUCUUGAAUGGGUUUCUUAUCAUCUCUCUCCAAACAGAGGGGUUUUAUCAUUUUCUUGAAUCUCUCGUUUCUCUUAGUGGGCUCUGCUUUUUUGGUGAAUCGGUUUCACUCCACAGAAUCCCAUUUCCAUGUUCUUAACAAAAGCUCGAGAAGAAUCCAUGGCAACCCUCAGGAAGAUUGCAAGAGUUUUAUCGCUUUAACUGAGUCUGAAGCUAAGUGCUCUGUUCUUAAAUCCAACAACCCCUGUGACACCCAAGGAUAUAUAGAUUAUCUUUACAUUUUCUAUUGUGAGUAUGGAAGUUUUAGCAUCCUGGGCUACACUCUGUUGUUUCUGUGGCUUCUUGUGUUGUUCUAUCUUUUGGGUAACACUGCUUCUGAAUACUUUUGCUCUUCCCUUGAGAGUUUGUCAAAAUUGUUGAAUCUUUCCCCAACAAUUGCUGGUGUUACUCUGCUUUCUCUUGGCAAUGGGGCACCUGAUGUUUUUGCUAGCCUUGUUGCUUUCAUGGGGGAUGGAACUAGUGAUAUUGGCUUGAAUACUGUUCUUGGCGGAGCCUCGUUUGUUACUUGCGUCGUUGUUGGAAUCAUAAGUAUUUUGCUGCGUCGGCGACGGAUGAAGGUGAAUAGGUCUGGCUUCAUUAGAGAUGUUUUGUUCUUUCUCUUGGUUCUUUUGUCUGUUUUCUUGAUAUUACUUCGUGGUCAUAUCAAUCUGUGGGGUUCCAUUGGCUUUUCUUCCAUGUAUAUUGUUUAUGUUUUGGUUGUGUAUGUCUCCCAUGCCCAGUGGUUGAAUUUUAGAAGUGACAUCUGCGAACCUCUUUUGAAAGAGCCAUCAAAGGAUGAGUUUGAGGGUCGAAAUGAACCACAGGACAACAGUGACGAUGAUGACGAUGUUAGAAUCAAUGUAUAUGAAAUCUGUUUUUGUCCAAGAUUAUCACCUUCCUGUCUUUUUUUCCUUCGCAUUCUUGAGAUUCCUCUUUACUUGCCUAGAAGAUUGACAAUUCCAGCCAUUGCUGAAGAAAACUGGUCUAGAGUAUAUGCAGUUGCUUCAGUAAUAUUGGCCCCAGUUCUCUUAUCUCUUCUAUGGGCAUUUCACCACCAGGGCGAGCCAUCUCAAUCUAACCUGAUCAUCUGUGUUGUCGCUUUGCUGCUCGGAAUUAGUUUUGGGAUUAUUGCAUUUGUGACAACAGAGAAUUCAAGCCCACCAAAGAAGUGCCUCUUCCCUUGGCUUGCAGCUGGCUUCACCAUGAGUUUAACAUGGAGUUAUAUUGUAGCUCAAGAACUGAUAGGCCUAUUAGUUUCACUUAGCUACAUAAUGGGCAUAAGCCCUUCAAUUCUAGGACUUACCUUCCUGGCUUGGGGAAACUCUCUAGGGGAUUUGGUGGCAAACGUGACCAUGGCCUUGAACGGUGGUCAGCGAGGUGCCCAAAUUGCCAUCUCCGCCUGCUAUGCUGGCCCCAUCUUCAACACUCUGUUUGGCCUCGGGAUGUCACUUGUUGGCGCUUCAUGGAAGAAAUAUCCUGAGCCAAUCGCCAUCCCCCCAGACCCUUAUGUCAUGGAGACAUUGGGACUAUUGGUAGGAGGAUUGCUUUGGGCAGUUGUGGCUUUGCCAAGGAGAGAGAUGAGGCUUGAUGCUGUGUUGGGAGGAGGCCUUCUUGCUAUCUAUUUAACAUCUUUGCUCUUAAGGCUUUUGCAAGCUUUUGGUUCUUCCCAUUAGAACCAUUUGACACUCACUCUUACUACCAACCUACCAUCAUCAACAUUGAGAAAGAAAAAAGAGAGAAAAACCAAUGUAAUUGUGUUUUUCUAAUGUUGAUGAUGCAAUUAGUUAGUUUCAUGUAAAUUAAUUCUACUUGGUUUUUUUGUAAGGUCUGAUGUUGUGUAUCAAAAACCAAACCGACGUCGGCCAAGUUUAUGGAAGCUCAGGAGAUAUUAAUAACAUAUCAUGAAUUUAAUACAAGUUUGUUGUUCCGA